CGGAUUUAUUUAUUUACCUACGUCUUGUAAGCAAUAGGUAUUUCCAUUUGGGUACAGUAAUACGGGCCCGUCAUUCCCCACUAUAAAUGUCUAUAAUAAUAUUGUUUUAUUUGAUUUUGAUUUUACUCUCUUGUUAGUUAGUUGGUAGGUACUUGAUGAUAAAAAUAUAGUCACCACAUUAUAGUUAUUUUACAUUUGGCUGCGUGUUGCAUGUAUAUUUUAUACAAAAUACAAAUAUACAAUGUACACUUGCACAAUGCACAUCGUGGUUUAGCGGACCUGCCACAUUUUAGAUCAACUGAGUUAACGAUUGACGAUUGUACGUAUAACAUACUACAUUGUCGUAUUUAUGUUCUGAUUCUUGAACUUCUUGAAUUUAAAUAAAAAUGUUUAGUAUUUUUAAUAAAAAUAAAACAAAUUCUCGUGUCACCACUAAAAAUCCUACUUUGACGAAUGACCAACUUCUAGAUGAAGAUAAUAUUGAUGAUCCCAUUAAUCCAUCGAUCAAUAAAAUAAAUGUAGUUGAACACAACUGCAAUGAUUUGGGAAACAUAGAAACUGGACCUAUACGCCCCAUACUAACAGCAUAUCCAAAAACAAAAUUUGGUUCUCAGUUUAGGUCAUUCAGCAGUGAAUAUUUCAAUACAUAUAAGUGGCUUGAAUACAGUAUUAUGUGCGAUGCAACAUUUUGUUAUGCUUGUCGGAUGUUUGGUAAUAAAAAUAUGGAAGAUACUUGGACAACAAUAGGAUUUAAUACCUGGCAUAAACUUUCAGAAAGAUUGAAGAAACAUAAUACUUCUAAGAGCCAUUUGACAUUUGUUUCAAAACUGGCUCUUAGUAUAUUAGCUAAAAAGUCUGGAAGUGUACUAUCACAACUGUCUGCUGUACAUCAAGAAGAAAUUAAGCAAAAUCGAAACUAUAUCUGCCAUAUUAUAGAUAUAGUUUUAUACCUCAGUAAACAAGGAAUGGCAUUUCGAGGCCAUUGUGAAAAAACUACUUCACUUAAUCAAGGUAAUUUCAAAGAGUUAUGCAACAUGUAUGUAAAAUCAGUACCUGGAUUUCAAAAUAUGCAUAACCGGCAUGUUAAUUAUACUAGUUGGAAAAUCCAGGAUGAAAUUAUUCAAUUAUGCGCCGAUGAAGUUAAUGAAAUUAUUGUAAAUGAGGUUUCUUCUGUUGGAUUUUUUGCUCUGAUGUGUGAUGAAGCAAGUAAAAACUUAAUAUGGGCAAUACAGGUGAUCUCAAAGACUAAGAUUGAUAAGUAACUGUUUCAUCGUACAGCUGAUUUCUUAUUGUAUGAAAUCCUAAAAUUAUUGUUCCCGCCAUAUUAUGUUAACAACUGAUAACACCAUUUUUUUAAUUUCCUUUUUAGUUUUUAAGAAAUUUGCAUUGUUACAACUUACAUAUUUAUUAUUUUGCUUUUCGAAAAAAAAUGAUGUCAAGUGUUUAUUUCAACUUAUUAAGUUAGUUAUUAACCCGUUUUAUGAUAAAUGUUAUGUAGUUUAAGAUGCUUGCAGUUACACUUACAAAACGCUUUGUUAGUUAAUUUAUUGAGAUACAUGUACGAUACCCAAUUAAAAAUUAUUUAUAUUCGGCCAAUACCAGUCAAAAGUGAAACUACAUAGGUGACAUUUAAAAUUACAAGUUUACUCUAAAAGGUAUUUGUUUAUUCUUUGGUUAUUUCUGAAAUAAAAUGUCUUAUUAAUUUUAAAAUAUUUUGUUUAGGUAUUUGUUAAUAUAAUAUUAUAAUUUAAAAACAACCAUUUGCAGUUUUUUUUAAAAAUUAAAAUAAAUUAUAAAAAAUAAUUUUAAAAAUCUCAAAGUUAAAUAUGUUGUAUUUUAUAAGUUCAUAAAUCAAUAUUGAAUAUUGACUUUAGUUUCCGAGUUAUAUAUGGUAAGAUAUAAUAAUUUUCCCUUAUGUGACCACCAUGCACGCUCCUCUCUCCACUACAUUUUAUGAUUUCUACAAUAUUAUUAAAGGUUUUAAUAUAUUAUUUAAUUACCAUUUAAUUUAAUAUAACUUCACUGUUUCCUUUAUUCAACAAAAUAAUAUGAAAUUUUAUUUUAAUGUUUUUUUUAUAAUAUUUGCCACUUGAAAUUUGAUUUUCUUCCAAUCUCUGUUUUUGAGAAUAGGCUCAUUUUUAAUUGCUAGUAAGCAAUCGUGCUGUUGAGGAAUUUUUCGGAGUGCAAUAAAUUUUCCAAGUGAUCGUUUGAUUGCAUUUAUUUCAGCCAUGGUCCAUUUUAUAUAAUCCCCUCUUUUUUUGGAUUUUUUAGCAACUACUGUGAUUGAGUUUUCUGUCUCACUGAUGUUCAUUCGAACAUGGUUUUCAAACAAGUCACCUAUAAAAGUGAAAACAAAUAGUAUUAAUAAUUUUGUUUUAUAAAUAAAUGAUACAAGUUAAAACCAAUAACUUAUGUAAA